AUGAAUAGAUAUAAUAUUGGAAUAAAUUGACCAAAACAAUCCCAAAUGCUUCCUGCUUUAAUUUUAAUCAGGAUAGCUAUAUCAUAUCAAUUUCGAAAUCAGAUCGCCCAAGCAACAAAACAUUUCAUAGCUAUAGAGAACCUUUGGAUAUUUAAUCUUAUUUUAAUUGAACUAGAAAUUGUGAGCAUUAUCAUGAUUUUAGGAUAUUGAAAAUCCAGCUCUUAUGAUAUCUUGAAAAGAAUCUUUAUUGUUCUUACUUUAUUCUCUGCUCAAAUUUUAUUAUUUGCUCCCAGCUUUAGAAUAUAUGAAUCAAGCACUAUUACAAAUUUAUCAUUAUGACUCCUUUCGAUUUCAUUUAUUUUUAUUCUGAAUAUCUUUCUUUCUAUCAUUAAUCAGGUAGUAGAAUUUCAGAAUGAAUUAUUUCUUAUAUAUAUAGGUUUGAUAUUUAUUCAAAUUCUUUAUAUAUCUACUGAAUAUUUUACAUCUUAUAUAGAAUGUAUUGUGGACUUGCUAUUUUUAGUAUUUUAUUUAAGCAUUUCGCUAGCAAAUUUUAUCUACUUUGGGGCAUUUUAUUUUGAAAAAUAUUUAUUAAAGCUCCCUGGGUAUAAUCAAACAUUAAAUUUUUACAGAGAGUUUAUUUCUGAUUUUUUAAGCCAAAAUGAAUCGGGAUAUCUGUAUUUAUUUAUCGGGUGUCUAUUAUAUAUAGUUGACGUAGUUAUAGUUUACGCCGUUCUUGACAAUUGGCCUCCAUGAAUGUGAAUUGAGAUUUGUAUAUUUUUUAUUUCUGUUACAUUUACCUGUCUAUUGUUUCUUAACGACAAUAUUACUUCUAGGAUCACUGAAAAAUCUGUUCGCAACAAUUUAUUUGCAUGCUAUUUCCAGCUUCAACUUUAUUACAACUUUUAUGAACUCCUUGUUUAUUUCUAUCCAGAUAAAUUUGAGACGCUUGAAAUUUUAAUGAGAAAGUAUUAAAAUUAAUGGAGAGUUGCAUAAUUAGUAUAGACAGCGCUAAUAAAUGCUAAAGUAUUAGCAUAUUUUUGCAAAUUUCGAAUAUAUUUGCUAAACAAGAAAAAAUGUCCAAAAAUGGAACAUUUUUGCUAAAUAGGAAAAAAAAUGCUAAAAACAACAAAAAUGUCAAAAAAAAUGGAAAAUAUUUAUUUUUUGUCAAAAUUGAGCAAAUUUGUCAAAAAGUGUCAAAUUUGUCAAAAAUGUCAACAACAAAAAAACCAUUAAAAAUUAUCUUUAAUUUUUAUAAAAUUUAAUAUAAACGAAGUUAGAAGAUAUGUAUUCCAUUUGCAUAAUACAUUAGCAAAAAUAGAAAAUAAUUAAAUACAUAUCGAAUAUACAAAAUAAAUUAUCAAACUCCCUUUAAACUAGUUAUACUCUUAGAAGACAAUAAUUUUAAAAAAAUUAAUUUAUCUUAUAGCAUUCAUCGAGAUUGUCGAGAUUUCUUAUAGACAACUGCGCAAUUUAAAUGUAAGAACUUUUACUAUUACUAUCAGCGUAUUUUUGCACAAGGAAACUUUGUAAAAGUAAUUUUUACGGAAAAUCGCAGAUACUCAGUGAUAAUUAAUUUUGAAUAAAUAUAUAGAUUAGCUCGCAUAGAUUUAUAAAGAAGCUUUAAUUAUCUAAACUUUUGUAUACUCAUUGUGUCAGUAAUUAUCCAAAAACCUGACUCCCCCCCCUUUAAAUUGGAACUAAAAAUUUUGUUCCAAUUUAAAGUGGGGUUAAUUUUUUUUUUUUAAAAAAAAAAUUCAAAAAUUUAUCGAAUUAGAUUAAUAAAUUUGUUUAAUAAAUUGCUAUUUACUCUUUAUCCUUUAAAACAAAGCAAGAUAUAACUAAAAUUUUAUUAUUAAUUAAUACGCCACUAUUAAUUGGUAUCAAAACUAUUUACACAAAAAUUAUUAUUUUUAUUGAUAAAAAAAAAUUAAAAAAAAAAAUUUUAGAAAAUUUAUUAAUCAAAGUGCUAAUUUUGUUUAAAUAAGAUGUUAUUUAUACUCUAUUCUUUAAAAUAAAGCAAAAGAUAAGUAAAUUUUGAAUUUUUGUAAAGAAUUCGUAUUGAAUUUCUCUCAAAACUAUUUAAAUAAAAAAUAUCAUUUUUAUCAAAAAAAAUAAAAUUUUUUUUGAAAAAUUUUUAAAAAAAAAAAAAUUAAAUUUUUUUAAAAUUUUGCAAUUAAGGAUAAUAAAAUUUAUUUAAAUAAGAUGUUCUUUAUACUCUAUUCUUUUAACAAGAGCAGGAUAUAACUAAAUUUUUAAUUUUAGUUAAGAAUUAAAUUAUAUCAAAACUUUUUACAUAAAAAUUAUGAUUUAUAUAUAUAAAUUUUUUAUUAUAAAAUUAAAUUUUGUUCCAAUUUAAAGGGGGUUAAUUUAACAAAAAAGUGGAAAUUUUACCUAUAUUUUGUUCCAAUUUAAAGGGGGGGGGAGUGAGUGAAAGCGGUAUAUAAAAAAAAUGUGCAUCGUAGUUAUACUUUCAUGAUAUUAUGAAUUAUAUCAAAUAGUAUUAACCAAAAGUAUUAUAAAAGAGCUGAUAAUUGAUCAAUUCAAAAAAUGCAAAAGCAGAAGCUUUUGACUAUUUAAUGCCAAGAAGAUCUAUAAUUACAAUUUUUUAGAUUUUUUGUUUAAAAUUUUAACAUAAAAUUGUAUCUUGAUAAACAGAUACGUUAGCAGUAUAAACUAAUCAUAAUAAAGUAAGCUUUUUAAUGAGAAUAAAUUCUAAUUUGUGGAAAUUUUUCAAAUUUGUAGCCAAUAUAAGCACUUAUUAUAAAAAUCCCAAACAAAAGAACUAGAUAAUUGAUUAUAACCAUCCAGCCAGUGUCAGCGUCAACAGAAGUUACAAUAUAUAUGGUGAUUCUUAAAAUACAUGAUUAAGAACAAUAAAUUAAUGAUAAAUAUUUUCUAAAUGCCGACAUUGAAUAGAAUAAAUAAGGCUAUCGGCACUAUUGCUGUGCUCAAACAAAUUAUAACUAUUAAACAACACGAACAUGAAUAUGCAUAAUAGAUUUAUUAAUUACUAUUGUUUAUGUCAAAAGCAUUCAUCACAAUGCGAAGAAUAAAGAAAUAUCCAGUUAGCAACCUUUCAAUGGUAGUUUAUCAUACCUGAUUAUCAACCCAAGCAGACACAUAUAGAAGAAAAAAUGUUCAUGGUGAGUACACUUAUUUUUAUUGCCCAUAUAAAAAUUGCAGUGCCUCGUGUAGAGUUAAAGGAAAUUUAAAAAAUGCAAACGAAUCAGAGCUAAUCAAGAGUCAUCAGGGUCAUAGCAUUGCAUCUCUUCAAUCAAGUUCUCAAACUUAUAACAAGAAAAUAUUAAAAUUCAAUUCAUUCCUACAAAUGAAUGCUCAGAUUCUGACUAUCAAAAAGGCGAAAUGAAAGAAAUCACAUUAAAUGGGACGCCAAUUGAAGAGCUUUAUUUGUCUUUUACCUUAUCUGAUAUGAUGAUAUUUAAUUAAAGCCUCAUGGGUAAGACAAGAUUGCUAAUUAGAUACUUUAGAAGAAUAUAUAUAUUAUAAAUACUUAAUUUUAUUGGUAUUUUUUAUAUAAAAAUUCGGAGUCAACUACAAAUCAUGACGGAAAAUAAAAAACGCUAUGGAUAAAUUGGGUGAAAAAUAGCAUAAAUUUAGUUGCUCAAUAUACGCUAAUGCAAGUUACCAAGCUCAAGCAUUCAAAAAAGGCUUGGAAAAACUAAUCCCAGUUGAAGCUCUCGAAGUUUUCGAGCCUGAGGAGCUGGAAAACGUCAUCUGUGGCAAAGGAAACGAAUUCUGUGACAUAUCAGUUCUAGAAGAAGCCAUUGUAAACUGUACACGGCUAUGACAAGAAGUCAAGGGUUUAUCAAAAUUUACUAUCCCAUAAAACUCUUAAUAAAUCUAUAAAUCAUUAUUAUAAAUUAUCCUCAAAAAUAUUCUUAACUGCUUUUAUUCAUAAAAAAUCCCUAUAAAAAUCAUGACUUUCCUAGACAUGAACGAAAGAAGACUUUUCUUACAAUUUGUAAUAGGGUGUCAAAGGCUCCCUAUUUGAGAGUUCAAAGCGCUACACUCUCCACUAAUAUGGUCAGAAAAGAUUCCACAAUCCCUGGAACCAACCCCAAAAAUCCAGCAAUUAAAAUUGUUAAUGGCUUGAAGCAUUUGAAAGGUGUUUCAAAAGAUCCAUAUUUUUCUAAUUUAUGAAAAAAUAUAGCCUAAUACUCACUUAAAAUUAAUUAUUUAUAUACAAUAAAUGUUAAUUAACUCGUCAAGAUAUCAAUGUAUUUGAUCACUAAAGAAUUAGAUGUCAAAAUUUUAACAAAAAAUCUAAAAAAUUGUAAUUAUAGAUCUUCUUGGCAUUAAAUAGUCAAAAGCUUCUGCUUUUGCAUUUUUGAAUUGAUCAAUUAUCAUCAGCUCUUUUAUAAUACUUUUGGUUAAUACUAUUUGAUAUAAUGCAUAAUAUCAUGAAAGUAUAACUACGAUGCACAUUUUUUUUAUAUACCGCUUUCACUCAGGUUUUUGGAUAAUUACUGACACAAUGAGUAUACAAAAGUUUAGAUAAUUAAAGCUUCUUUAUAAAUCUAUGCGAGCUAAUCUAUAUAUUUAUUCAAAAUUAAUUAUCACUGAGUAUCUGCGAUUUUCCGUAAAAAUUACUUUUACAAAGUUUCCUUGUGCAAAAAUACGCUGAUAGUAAUAGUAAAAGUUCUUACAUUUAAAUUGCGCAGUUGUCUAUAAGAAAUCUCGACAAUCUCGAUGAAUGCUAUAAGAUAAAUUAAUUUUUUUUAAAAUUAUUGUCUUCUAAGAGUAUAACUAGUUUAAAGGGAGUUUGAUAAUUUAUUUUGUAUAUUCGAUAUGUAUUUAAUUAUUUUCUAUUUUUGCUAAUGUAUUAUGCAAAUGGAAUACAUAUCUUCUAACUUCGUUUAUAUUAAAUUUUAUAAAAAUUAAAGAUAAUUUUUAAUGGUUUUUUUUGUUGUUGACAUUUUUGACAAAUUUGACACUUUUUGACAAAUUUGCUCAAUUUUGACAAAAAAUAAAUAUUUUCCAUUUUUUUUGACAUUUUUGUUGUUUUUAGCAUUUUUUUUCCUAUUUAGCAAAAAUGUUCCAUUUUUGGACAUUUUUUCUUGUUUAGCAAAUAUAUUCGAAAUUUGCAAAAAUAUGCUAAUACUUUAGCAUUUAUUAGCGCUGUCUAUGCUAAUUAUGCAACGUCUCCAA